AUUAAAAAUAAUUUGUAAGUGCCAGAAAUAUUUAUGAAUAUUUUGUAAGUGCCUGGUUUAUUUCAAAUAGUAUGUCAUAGAUGGCAGGACAAGCACAUUAUUUUUCAGGUGACAUGUUGGCAUUAAAGGAUAUUUUGUGUUGAUGUUUCAAACAGUUGGCAUUUUCAGAAUAAAAAGAAUUAUGUUUUAAGCUCCAUGGGUUUGAUUGUAUUUUCUGCUGAAGGCUGCAUGCAUGUUGGUGACAAGAACUUUAAUGCAUCUUGAAGAAGACGCAGGCUUGUACCACCAUCGUAAUUUGUGGUGGUGGUGCUCCUGGAGUGAGGCCAGUCCGUUGCUUCGCCCGCCACCUGUGAGAAGGCAGGUUUCCGUCCGGUAGAGGGGACAACACGCGUGUGUGUGUGUGUGUGGCUGUAUUGUCAGAUAUCCUGCAAGUGGGAUGCUGAGACAUGUGUCCUUACGCCACGUAACAUUGUGGACUGGUGAUUAUCACCAUGCAUCACCACGGCCAACAGCAUCAGCAAGGAACGGUGACUGUGACACGGAGCAGUCACUACAGCAACGGAUACGCCAAGACGAACGGCCAUCUUCCGAACGGCCCUCCGACCACCUCUAGGCUCUGGAUGAACGGAUUCCCCUCUCGACCUGAUGACAAACAGUCGACAUUAUCCAGGUACUGGACCACAGAGAGACCCCGCGGUUUGCAGUCACAGUAUCAUGCUGUACGACGAAUCUGUCGUGAGCGUGGUCUACUCUUCGAGGACCCCGAAUUCCCACCGGGACCGCGUGUCCUCUUCCAUCACAAGAAGCCCCCAGUACACCCUAUCGUGUGGAUGAGGCCAGGAGAAAUAUGUCAGAGGCCGCGGUUCGUAGCUUCAGACAGCGGUGGGAGUGGAGGAGCGGCUGACUGCGGGCGUCUGGACGUCGAGGCGGGCGAAUUGGGCGAUCCGUGGUUGCUGGCCGCCAUCUCUUCGCUCACACUCACCCCUCGAUUUUUGGACCGAGUUGUACCACCAGAUCAGACUUUCGAUCCCGCUACGUAUUGCGGACUUUUCAGGUUCCGGUUCUGGCACUUUGGGGAGUGGAAGGAUGUCCUGGUUGACGACAGGCUGCCUACAUACAGGGGCAGACUGGUCUACACUCAUUGCACAAACCCCACAGAAUUCUGGGUCGCUCUGCUAGAGAAGGCGUACGCCAAGCUGUAUGGCUGCUACGAGAGCCUGCAGGCGGGCUUUACCACACGGGCGCUGCAGGACCUCACGGGUGGCAUCGUGCAGAGCUUCGGACUCAGUAAUCAGGACCGGUACCUCACGUUUCAGGUGCUGAAUAGCGCUGUGCCCCGUUCCAGUCUUCUUAUCGCGAGCAUCAACCUCGAGAAAGACAACAAGCGACAACUUCGACUACGUAACGGACUAAUAACUCAGCACGCGUACAGUGUGACGGGUCUCGCCAGGGUUCGCGGCCCCCUGGGAGAGACGCCCCUCGUGAGGUUACGUAACCCGUGGGGUCGAGGCGAAUGGACUGGUCCCUGGAGUGAGCGGUCUUGGGAGUGGGACGGACUCUCCGACAGGGACAAGGAACUUCUCAGCGUUAGGGUCAGGAAUGAUGGGGAGUUCUGGAUGUCGUUUGAGGAUUUCGCCCGUCACUUCACUCACCUGGACCUGGUUCAUAUUGGUCCAGACGAUUGGAUGAGCGAGCCUGCCCUCCAUUCGAAGCAACCCUGGCGCGCGGUUCUGGCGAGACGUCGCUGGCGUUCAGGGUACAACGCGGGUGGUGGCCCGAGCUAUACGGAGACGACGGCGAUGAAUCCGCAGUUUCACAUCCAGAUCCCUCGUACAAGUACCAACAAAUGCCACGUGGUCGUGUCCGUCACCCAGUUUUACGAGACCCUGUCCGACACCCGGAAGAAGAAACCGUUGUUCGCCAUCGGCUUCGCGGUCUAUGAGGUUCCUCACGCCACGGCACGACUCACGCCCCACUUCGUGGCAGAGCAGAAACCGCUGGACGUGACGAACCACUCUGUAGCCCGUGAGGUGGUGACCUUCUUCACUCUGCCACCAGGUGACUACAUUGUGGUGCCGCAAACAAACAUCCCCAACUGUGACGGAAAGUUUCUACUCAGAAUUCUCACUGACGAACAGAGCAAUAUAUGGGAAGUGAACGAGGACAACAUGCUGUUCAGAAACAUCUCCACAGAGUUCAUGGACGACUCGGCUGCACCGACGAUAAUUCUGCCUGAUGGGAAAUCCAUAGUUGCCAAGCUGCUUCUGAAAUAUCCGCCAGAAGUAGACGCAUUACAGUUGCAGAAAAUAUUGAAAGCUCACUGGAAAGUGUACCUGUCGGAGAAGCCGAGUCUUGAGCUGUGCAAAAGCCUUAUAAUGUUGAGGGACUACAACAUCAGCGGCCGCAUCAGCGUCGUGGACAUCCCUGUUCUCAUGCACAUGCUGCAGUUCUGGCGGGUCGCGUUCCACAAGUUUGACCGAGGACAUGGUUGCAAGACGAGCAGCUACAACCUGCGGCCUCUACUGUGGGAAGCCGGUGGAACGGCCAGCAAUAAGGUCCUGGAAUGUCUGGUGUUCAGGUUCGCGAAGAACAAGGUGCUUACGUCCGAGUGCUUCGUGAUGGCCAUGGUGCGCCUGCACCUCGCUCACGAACGAUACCACAGCCUGGACACAAAAAUGAAGGGAAAUCCCCUGUCAUUGGAAGAGAUGAUUCUGAUGACCAUCUACUCCUGACAUGUACCGAUCACGUAAUUCAGAAACCAAAGAAGACCUACACAGAAGCUCCGUCUCAUCUCGGCACCUCUAAUGUACAUAUAUCACAAAAAAGAUUAACUUAUCAACUAUUUAAUAUAAAGGACAGAAUUUCCAAGUUGGCAGACUGGCGGACAUAUAUAUAUAUAUUUUACAAGUAUUUAAAUACGUAAUUUUAAAACUAUAAACAAAAGUUGUUACAAAAAUAUUGGACCAGUUAUGAUAUACGUAAAGCCAAAAUGAAUGCUGGAGAAAGGAGUGGUCAGAGAUUAGGAAAUAUUAGCAAAUUAUUUUGAUUUUGAACUGUUAAUUUUGACAUCGGUAAAAAUUCUUAAACUGGCGUCUUUUCAUUGAGACAGGGGCAGCUUACUACGUGUCUUAUUUAUUAUGUUUCUGCUUUAAGUCAUGUAGAGAAUUUUUCUUCCUCUAUGGCUCUCCGGUCCACGGCCUCCUCAAUCCUCCUCUUCCAUUCGGUCCUCUGUUAGGUCCGUCUGUCCGAGGCUUUGAUCGAGGUUUCGAAACGUCUUCCUGUUUGAAAAUUUGAUUUGUUUAUGUGGGCUGUCUGAGCGUGGAUACGUGCAAAUCAGCACCCAGUACUAAUAAAGAUCAGCACAAAAAGGAUUUCUGAAUAGACGUAAUAAGCAACAGAAACAAAACAAAAAUUUUAAGUUCUUGCACAGCUGCCUGUUAAAAUUCUAUAUAUAUAUUAGUAAAAAUUUCAUCAAAUUCAGACUUCAAGAAAGAAAUUCGCUGAAGUAACUACGUAUCUUCCUUAUCGUAUCACGUUUUUGCAGAGCAUUGGGCCUGCUUUUAGAGGCUUCCUUGGUCUUUUUGAUAAAUAGAUGAAAAUACAAAUUUCCAUUAGACUCUGACCACUCUUGAGUCGGCUGGCACGAACCUGAGUUCCCUUAGAGGACUGACUGAGCGUCAUGUACAAACCAGCAACCAAAGGAAAUUCCACGCUCAGCGCACUGCGCACCUGCCGCCCUGGCGACAUACCGAUCCACGUUCAGUUUCGAAGCAAUUUUUCAAUUUUUUUAGAAAAAAAUAUUAUAUUCUUCGUCAGAUGUUCGGAUUCCUACCAAUCAGCGUGCUUUUCGUUAGUCCCGAAUUCCCACUGUUAAUGAAAUUUGAUAUGAUGAUUAUGCCGUCUGCUUCCGCGUAAGGCGAAGUCGUCCUAAAAUCGUCUUGAUAAUUACCGGGAAACACAAAUACUCAUAUUUGAAGCUCGUUGCUGCACGUCCUUGGUGUGGGGUACGGUCGGCAGCGAGAACCGUGCAGUGCGUUGAUGCUGGACCACUAAAGUCGAGUACACUUUUUACUGCCAUGGCUGCAUACUGCCUUGUGAAUAAUGUAAAUACAUAAACUCGUAACUUGUUUCAACA